AUGGCUGAAGCACAAGCCCCCAUCGCGGCCGUCAAGGUCGAGGCCUUGGUGGUGAUGAAAAUCAUCAAGCACUGCUCCCAGACCUUCCCGACCACUGCGACUGGUUCCCUCGUCGGUAUGGACGUCGAGGGCACCCUCGAGAUCACCAACUCUUUCCCGUUCCCCGUGGUUGAGAUGCCCACCGAAUCGCACUUCGAGAACGCCGCCCCUAACCCGGCCGCCGCUGCUCCCCGCGCCAAGGCGAACACUGCUUACCAGGCUGAGAUGAUCCGGAUGAUGCGCGAGGUCAACAUCGAUGCCAACAACGCCGGCUGGUACACCAGCGCCAACAUGGGCAACUUCGUCAACAUGAAUGUGAUUGAGAACCAAUUUUUCUACCAGAAGGAGAUGAACGAGCGCACAGUCGCACUUGUCCACGAUGUGAGCCGUAGCGCUCAGGGCAGCCUCAGUCUGCGGGCGUUCCGCCUCUCGGCCAAGUUCUUGGAAGCCCUCAAGGAGAACAAGUUCAACUCGGAGGAGCUGCAAAAGUCCAACCUCCGCUACCAAGAUAUCUUCGACGAGCUCCCCGUUGAGAUCCACAACUCGCACCUGAUCACCUCCUUCAUCCAGCAGCUGCAGUGCCCCAACCCUAGCGGCCCGUCCGACCUCCCGGCCUCUCUCAGCGCCCUCGAGUCCAGCGCCUUCUCUAAAUCCUCCCCUCUCACCCCCAACCUUGACAACCUGUCCCUCAACAUUGAUCCUUUCCUGGAGAAGAACUGCGACCUGCUCCUCGACAGCAUCGAGACCCACAACACCGAGGUCAACAACUACCAGUACUACCAGCGUGUGCUCGGUCGUGAGCAGCAGAAGAUCAACAACUGGAAGCAGAAGCGCAGCCAGGAGAACGCCACUCGCGCCGCGCUCAAGCAGCCCCUUCUCCCCGAGGACGAGUGGCAACGUCUGUUUAAGCUCCCCGCCGAGCCCAGCCGGCUGGAGAGCAUGCUCAACACCCGCCAGGUUGAGCAGUUCUCGCGCCAGGUCGAUAGCUUCGUCUCGGCCACGACCGGCAAGAUGUUCGCCAUCAAGGGUAACCUGCUGCCCGGCGAGACUGCCAAAUAA